AUGCCUCGGCCUCUAUCUCCACAUCCAACUCCCCCAGUGGGUCUUGCUGCCCUCCGCUCUGCAGCUCCUCCUGCCCUCCACUCUGCAGCUCCUGCUGCCCUCCACUCUGCAGCUGCUGCUGCUCUCCACUCCGCAGCUCUUGCUGCUCUCGGCUCUGCAGCUCCUGCUGCCCUCCACUCUGCAGCAGCUGCUGAUCUCCUCUUUGCAGCUGCCGCUGCCCUCCGCUCUGCAGCUCCUGCUGCCUUCCGCUCUGCAGCUGCUGCUGCCCUCCCCUCUGCAGCAGUUGCUGCUGCCCUCCGCUCUGCAGCUGCUGCUGCCCUCCCCUCUGCAGCUGUAGCAGUUUGCCACACCACCGCUACACUCCCCUCUUGCUAUUGUCACAUCCAUCGUCCGAACACCCUGGGUCACCGUCCGACGAUCUCGCACCAACACCGCCGGCCAAUCACGGUGUGCCAGGUGUCGCUCGUCGACGACGGCCCGUUCGUCGCAGCGAUCGCCACGUCCAUCGCACUCUCCGCCGCGCCGCUCGUCCUACCGUCGCUCCCGUUCCUUUCGCAGAAGACGAAAGGAUCCGACGAUGACGAUGCUGCAGCAGCGGCGGCCGCGGCGCUGCUCGCGGCGGGAUGCUGGGUACUGGCAUGGAUCGACUCUCGCGAUGUCAAGUACAUCCUCUUCGCAGCCGUCUAUGCUGCACCUUACGCCAGGGGCGGUCUCACCCUGGCAGUGGACGGCAACUGGUUACCUCUCUUCAGCAUUGCAGCGUGUGCAUUGCAUGUCCAGGUUGACAAUGUGGCUGUGGAGCGAAGGAAGCUGGCCUCCAAGAUUAAGUGCGCCAAGAAAAAGGGCAGCCUUCAUGGUAAUUCCAAGGACAAAGGCAGCAACGCAAAGCAGAGCAAGUGA